GCGUUUAUUUGUGUGUUGCUUUUUGGAAACAUACUUUUACACGGUAAAAAUCCAAGUACUUCACAAAUUCAUACGAAAUAAUGGAGAAACGUUUAGGCUUGUUCGAUGAUUUUUUAUUACUAGUUUUCUAGUAUAGUUUGAGAAGUGUAUUAUCUAGGUAUUACAGAAAUUUAUUUAACGGAAUUUUAAACAACCCCAACAACAAUAAAAAUAUUUUUCACUCUACACUUUAUUGAUUUUUUGUUUUAAUCAUGAAAUCGGAUUUACUUUUAUGGGCACAAUUAUUUAAUCAGUCAUCGAAUGAUAUAUUACCAGAACAAUUAACUGAUGGAUUAUUAUUGAAUACAAUAUUUGGAAUUAUUGAUGAACGGAUCGAUCCAGAUGAUCGUCUAUGUAAAACUGUAACAUGCGUAAAAGAUAGAUUAAUGAAUUGGAAAAUUAUCAUUCAAAAUUUGAGAAACUAUUAUUUGGAAGUUCUACAAGAAGUCAUUACAAUUCGUCCACCAAAUAUUGUCCUGGUCAGUAAAAUACCUGACUCUGCUCAAGCUGAUCAAGAAUUAGAAAAGAUUUUACUUUUCUUAUUAUGUGCAGCUGUACGAUGUGAUCGUCGUGAUUAUUUUAUCCGUCAAAUUAUGGAAAAUUUAAAUCCUGACGUCCAAACUGGUAUAAUGACAUGUAUUAAAAAUGUUACUGAAUGUCCGGCAAGUAUCGUAAGUUUUGAAAAACUUCGAUCAUCUGAUGCUGAUAUUUUACGAACUUUUCGAUCUGUAGUCAAUCAACUUGAAGAUAUUUAUUUGGAGGAAAUUAUUCAGUUAUUAGAUGAAUUAGCAUCAUUACAAAACAAAUUUAUCACAUUACAAGCAAGGUACCAAUUAGCUUCGCGAUCUAAAACAUUAGGACCUAAUGGAUUAAAAGAACGAUCUGUUUCUACCAUAUCACUUGGUGUUGAUAAUUCACACAGUAAUAAUAAUGGUCAUUUCGCUAUAUCUACACCUAGGCUCGAUGAACAACCAUUUUUAUCACGUAAAAAAUCGGAUAUCAGUGAUUUAAACGAAUCUUUUGAACAGACUAAUGAACAUUUAAAUGAUGGAGUUUUUAUGAAUGAUAAUAAGGUUAAUCAAAAUACUACGACCAAUAAUAAUAUCAGUAAUAUAAAUGAAUUAUCAGAAAUUGGUCGAAUGGAUUCUGGUUUAGAAGUGGAAACAACAGAGUUAGACUCAAUCCGUUCUUUAUACCCACCAACUGAUAAUUUAACACCUGAAAUUCUUGUAAUGGAUACGGAUAAACAUCAUUUAUCGGUUGAGUUGGCUGAAACCAAAGCUAAAUUACGUCGAGCACAUAUUGAAAUUGAAGAUCAAGCUGAUCAAUUAGUUGAACUACAAGAUCAUUUAUUUGAAACACGUCGUGAAUUAAGUCAAGUAAAAGAGGAACGAGCACGUUUAGCUGAUGCAGCUUAUACAGCAAGACAUUGGCAAGAUGAAGUGGAUGCAUUAAAACAAACUGCAGAACGUGUUAUUAACUUAGAAGCAGAAAAUGAAAAACUCAAAGAAAGACUACACGAAAUCGAUUAUUAUAAAGCUCGAUGUCAACAACUUACUGAAGAUUUAGAAAUUUUAUCUAAUGAACAUUCACAAUGGGCAGAUAAAGAAGAAAUCACUCAUGAAUAUCAUCAUAAAAUUACAGAUUUAGAGAAAGAAUUAAAUAAAACACGAUGUCAAUUGACAGAAACAGAAAAUGCUCGAAAUUCAGAUUUGGAUUUGAUUAAAAAUCUUCAUGAGGAAUUAGGCAAACUUAAGUUAGAACAUUAUACACAUAAAAAGUUUAUGAAUUCACCUAAUAAACUGGCUAAUUCAAAGGAUAUUGUAACUACUAAUGAUAAUAAUAGUGAGAAAAGUAAUCAAAUUAUACAACAGAAACAACAAAAUCGCAUUUCAUUUGAUGCAACUGAUGAAGACUUGACUACUAUCGACAUUUCAGCGAAUAACCAUCUACAUCAGCACCACCAACAACAAUUCUUAUCACAAUCAAAUGGAUUAAAUUGUAGUUUAUCAGAUCAAUUAUCUGAAUCAGUGACAAAUCGUCUAAAUCAUUUAGAAGAAGUGAAUCGACGUUUAAAUAAAGAACUUGAAAUGACUAAAAUGUUAUUAGUUAAAGCUCAGUCCGUUAAUGAAGUUAAUAUUGAAACAGAAGCAUCUUUAGCUGAAGUGAAACGUGAAAAUCAAUUGUUAACUAAUAAGCUUGAAAGACUUGAAACAGCUUUGUCAGUUCAAGAUGAACGUUUAUGCCAAUUAGAUUUGGAACGAAUGAGCUUUGAAACGGAUGCAAGAAAAACAAGAGAAUCGUUAAAUACAUUUAAAGAAACUUCCGAAAGACAUAUCAAUGAGUUGUCACGUGAAAAUGAUUAUUUAACUGAAACUAUCAAGAACUUAAGAGGUAAAAAUAUCAAUGAUGUUUCAUCAGAUGAAAGAAUCGCACGUCUAGAAAAAGAAAAUAGUUUGCUUGGUGAAUCCGUUCAAAAUAACGUGACAUGUUUAGCACGAGCUGAGCUAGAAAUCAGUCAAUUACGUCAUCGUUUGACUAAAGCAGAUGAAUUAUGUAAACGUUUGGAUUCAUUAACAGAUGAACGUAACCAAUUAAGUGCUGAAUUAGGAGCAGCAAAGCGUGAAAUCGCCGCUUUAAAAGAAGCCUGUUCAAAACAAACAGAUCUAGAGAUAGCUCUUGUCUCAGCAGAAGGUAAUUGUGCACGUCUUCAAACACAAUUGUCAACUAUCCGUGCAACAUGUGAAAAUUCAGUAAAUAUGGAAAAUGAAUUGAUAAGAUUGAGGCAAAUUGAAACUAAAUGUGAACAAUUACAAAAUGCAUUGUUUACUGCUAUACAAAAAACAGCUCAAGUGGAAGUGGAACGAGAUAAUUUAUCAACACGUCUUACUAAUUUAAAACAAAGUCUUCAUUCUCAAAGGUUAUUAGAGUCAGAAAAUGAUGAAGCUGAUGAUGAAGAAGGUGGAAUAGUUGGUUUACAUGACGAAGAAGUUGAUAGCGGCAAUAAAACAGGUGAUUCAACAGAAGAAACAUCUCCUGAAUGUUUAGGUGUAACGAAAUUACGCAGAAAAACUAUAAGUAUGCCACCGAAUUUACGUCAUCGUGAUCGACGACGUAGAGGAGGAUAUAUCAGUUAUGAAACAGAACUUGGGAGGUUGGAUUCAGAAAUUAAACGUUUAGAAGCAGAAAGAGAUACAUUGCGUAAAAGUCUGGAAGAAAUCCAAGCUAAGUUGACAAAUGAAGAGGUGGCUCAUGAAUCUGCUAUGAAAGAAUCAGACGAGAGAUCAAGGCAGAAGAUUAGUCAAUUGGAAUCAGAAAUAAAUCAUUUGAAAGCAUCAAUUCGGCUAUCUGAUCAAGAAAUACGAAGAUUACGUAGAGAGUUAAGGGAUUCUGAAACAGAUCAACAUUUAUCUGAUGCAAUGGAAAAAAUUAAACAAUUAGAAUCACAAAUUAUUAGAUUGAAUAAUACAAUUAAACAAAAUGAAACACAUUUGAAAGAUGGUGAACAACAACGAUCUGAAUUAUGCCAACAAGUAAAUAUUGAACAGAAAACAGUUUCAGCUUUACGUAACGAAUUAAUUAUGGAAAAAAUUCAAUUACAAAAACAAAAGUAUGGAUUAUCAAAAGAUUGGUUCAAGGAAUUAAGUUCUAAAGAAAAUAGCAUAGAACAAACAAAAUUAAUAGAUUCAUUUAUGGAAAAUUUUAUUGGUCAAUUAACUAAAAAUAUAAAUAUUAAAAAUGAAGAAUUUGAUUUAAUUAAACAACAAAUUAAUGGACUUCAAUUAAAAAAUUCCGAAUUAAUAAAUCAAUUAAAAAUAAAAAGUCAAGAAUUAGAAGAAUAUGAAAAAGUAAAAGCUAAUAACUGUACUACUAAUAAUACUACUGAUAAUUCAAUAAAAGAAAAUUCUUCAAUUUUAAUACAAAUAAAAGAUCGUGUCAUUGAACUUGAACGUGAAAAUGCACGUCUUAAUGAAGCGCUACAAAAUGAAAUUGCACACAAUGAAAAUAUUAAAGCAAAUAAUCAGAACUUAGAAAUACGUAUUAAUACUUUUCAAGAACAAUCUGUUUCAAUACAACGACAAUUAGCUGAAUUAAUUGCAACAAAUGCUCGUUUACAAGUUGAAAAUACUACAUUACAUAGUCAGUUAGAUAGUUUUCAAGGUCAAAAUUCUAAUCUAUCUGCACGAAUUACUGAACUUGAAUCUGAAAUUCAUCAUUUAUCAAAUGUACUUGAUACAAUGCAUACAUCUAAAUCACAAUUAACUACUGAUUAUGAACAAUUACAAUGUUUACAUGAAAAAUUAACACAAGAUUAUGAACAAUUAAUUGAAACAUUGAAAACUUCAAAAGAAUCUCAACGUCAAUUAAAAUCAGAAAUACAAUUAGCUAAUGAACAGGUUAAUAAAUUACAAACUGAAGCAAAUGAAGUACAACGAUUAAAAAAUGCAUUAGAACAAGAAAGGGGUAGUUUAAAAGGUGAAGUAAAACAAAUUGUUCAAUUCAGAGAAGAAAAUGCACGUUUACAAUCGGAAUUAAAUUCUUUAAAUUCAAUAUUAACUCGUGAAAGACAUGAAAAAACUAAUAUAUUAGAACGUAAUCGAGAAAUUCGUCAUCAAUUACAAGAUAAUGAACAUAGAAAAGAACAAUUAACUAAUGAAUUACAAAAAUAUCAAAAAUUAGAACAAACAUUAAAUAAUGAAAUAGAAAGUUUAAAAAUACGAUUACAAAUGUUAACAGAACUUAGUUCAAAAUAUGAAAAAGAAAAUAAAUCAUUACUUAACCAAUUACAAAGUUUAUUGAAUCAAAAUCAAGAGAUUUUAGCAUCAACUUUGAAAAAUUGUGAAAAUCAUGUCAGUCAAGAAGGUGUACUUAGAGAACGUUUAUUAUCUAUGCAUAAACAAAAACAACAACUGGAAGAAAAAGUUAUGGAACAAUAUCGUAAUGGUUCAUCAUCUAAAAGAAGUCAAAGACGUUUGACGCUUAUUCAACGAGCUCGGGCAGCAUUGAAUAAACAUCAUUUUCCACACAAUGCUGAAUACAAUAAAAAUAAUUUAGGUUAUAGCACAGUUUCGACUUUGCAUUCUCAAUCUUCCUGGUUAAAUGAUAGUUACAGAUCAAUACCAACCAUUGGACAAACAGCGUCAAUGUUGCAUCGUUGCGAUAAACGUCUUGUACCUGGUUCAGUGUCCAUUUAUGAUCGUGAUCCAGAUGAACAAAGUCAGGAAGCUUUAAAACAAUUUUUAAAGUAUUUAGAUGAUUCAAGUGGAACUAACACACGACCAAGUUCAGCUGUUCCUCCUCAAAGUUCAAAUCAUAAACAAUUUGGAAAUCAUGAUUUCUUAUUACCUAUAAGACCAAAUUCCGGUGGUUUAACAAUGAGUCCAUGUAUAGAGAAACGACCACAAUCAAGAUUAAGCUCAGAUAGAUAUACUGAAUGUAUGGAUUCACCAAUUUCUGGUCGAUCUUCUCAUUCAAGUUCAAAUGGUGUAAAAUCUCAAUUAAUUAAUCAUACUCAUCAUUUUCCACACCGAAUCGAUAAACAUAUUCUUAAUUUCACAGAAAAUAUAAGUACAAAUGAAAAGAAAUUUCAUUUAAAUAACACAAAUGGUUGGUUGAGUAAGUUAGGAAAAUGUAGUUCUCAAAAGUACCAUUAUUCUUUAAUAAAACAGAUUUGAUAUUAGAAGUUUUGAAGUAUUCUGUAAAACGAUCUAUAUUCAAUAUAACCAAAAUCAAUAUUUAAUUACAAAUCCUAGGCUAAUUUAUCAAUACAUGUAACAGAAUGAUCAAUUUAUGGAUGAUCAAGCUUCAUCGAAACUGUGGAUAGACAAAACAAGUUAAAAAAUGCAAAUUAUUUACUUCAGCUGAAAUAAACAGAUUAUAUAUUAUAAAUUUUAAGCCACCGUCUAACUUGAUAUAUGAUGUUUCUAGAGUAGAAUAAUGUUUGGUAAAGAAUAAAGACAUGGGACUGAACUAUGAUAUUCUUUAUAUAGUUUGGAUCCGGUUACCUUAGACACAGAAGAGCUUAUUAUUUGUUUCCGAAACUUAGAACAUUUUAUCACUUCAUAUCCAUCUCCUCUCUUAUUCACUGCUGUCUCUUUUUGUUUAUUUUACUGCUUUUCUUAGUUUUUUAUAUUUUAAAUAGUAUUGUCGCCUAAGUUGAACCAUUUUGUUUCGAGUUGCGUACUUAUGAAUCUGAGUCAGUCCAAAAUCUCCCAAUAAUCACUAUAUAUAUAUAUAUAUACGCUCAUUGAUUUACGUAUCCAUUUGAGUAGAUAUACAUUCGGAGGAACACAUAUUUAGUAUAAGGGAUUUUAGGAGAUUAUAGUAUUUUCAUAGUUUAAACUACGAACUGGUCUUAAUUAGACCUUUACUGGAAAUGUGAAACCAUUAGAUGACCAUUUCGUCCUAGUAUGGGGCUACUGAUCAGUGAGCAUCCACGACUCUGCACCCGAGAACCGAAACAAAGACAUUCGUUCACGCAUGCAAACACUUAACCUCUAAACCAUUGGGCCGGCAUCCAACACUGAUAAUGGGUAAAUUCAAUCAAUUCACGAUAUUGUGCAAUCCUCAUCCGUCGCCUGUGGUGGAUAUUUGUCUCAUAAUCCAGAUGUUUGAACUCUACAGGUCACGAAUUCUCCCUGGGCCUGAAUCCAGAGUGCGGGGUUGUGGUGGUUUAACUAAUGUCAGUUCGCCGUUCAAAAUGGGAAAACACCACAUAUUUGAUAUUUUUAUCAGUUAUCUCAAUACAUAAAACUGAGAUUUCACUAUGUCAAGUUGUGUGCCGGCCUAUUAUCAACAAGUUUAUUUCUCGAUUUUUGACUCCAAAGAUAAUGAUUACUAAUCGCACUGUCAGGUAGGAUAAUAACAACUGAAGGUCUUGAUAGACUUUCAUUUCAACAUCAAUUCAUUGAAAUCUAAUUAUUCUCAUAAUUAUGUAAGGCGAUUACAGAGUUAAUUUAUGACAUUUAACUGAAAUAGCCCAUUUUUAUCUGUCUUGUCAGUAUAUAUCUGCUAGCAUUGUCUUUACGUAAGAGCAAUGAAACGACUUGAAAUCAAACAUUAAAGGUUAUAUUUAAAAAAAACUUGUCUGGUUUAUGUAUUAACUUCAUGCUCAAUUAAGUAAGUUUGAGUUUAAAUUCUCAAUCACUUACCUUUCUAUUGUCUCAUUCAAGUAGAUUUUGUUCGUAACAAUGAAUUAAGAUUAAGUUGGAUAGAUAGUUGUGAUGGUUCAUAUAUUCUUUAUUCAUCUGACAACUGUUUAUACAUGAAAUAAAGAGUACAUUUAGCCGCUAGCUAACAUCUUUUCAGUCUAGAUGGUAGAAUAUUGAAAUAGUUGUUUAAAGGCUAAUUAAGUGGAGUUCAACUACCACCAAGAAUAUAGAUAUAUAUACAUAUAUAUAUUAGUUUACUUCUAACGAUCUACACAUUACUAUUUGUUUGUCUUCUAUUUGAAAUACUUUCUAGGUAACGAUGAUUCACAUGAUCGUUCAAUAUGUAGUAGUAAUAGUAGUAGUAAUGGUAUGAAUAGUCAAAAUGUUCCAUCAACAGAAAGAUGCGAAAAACAAAUUAGUGAGAUUGUACAAAUUAAAGCAACUACUGAUGAAUCAAAUAUUGUAAUUCAUAAAAACAUUAUAUCAGACACACCAACUAAUAUCAGUACAAGUUCACCGAAACCAUGUCUAUCCAGAUCCUCAUCGUUGUGUUACAAUAAACUCAAUGAUCCAAUAUACGUGCAACGUGCUUUGAAUAGUAUGGCUAGUAGUAAUGCUAAUAGUUGCCAAUCUACUCAAAUAAUAAACAAUCCAUUGACAAAUAGAUGUGAUGAUAAUCCUACCAGUAGUGGUACCGUUGGAUUGAAUAAUUCCAAAUAUUUUAACAACCCUACUUAUAUCCAACAUACAGGAAAAUCUUUCGAGUUAAAUACAAGUUCAAAAUCCGAAAACAAUCAAAAAUCUAUGCCAUCAACGAAUAGUAGUUAUAAUAUAAAUAGUAUGGCUAGUAAUUGUACUGAGUCCAUCCCAAUAUUCGACCAUCAUAAAACAUCGAAUAUGAGUAAAUCCGCUUUAUUACGAGAACAAUUCUUCAGUUCUAUGAUAGGUGAAGCUGAUCGUAAUCAACAAACGCAACAACAUCAGUCUUUAGAAUCUUCUUCAGAGUUGCCUAGGAAACCAAAAGUUCUACUGCAAUACAGAGAUUUGUGAUUUAUAUUAGGGAUGAAACAUUCUAUGUACAUCAUUUAUUUACUCCAUUUUUACUUUUUCAUAAUACAUUUGUGAAUAUCUGCACAUAGUAUAUAUAAAAAAAGUUAUUUCUUAUUAUCUAGUAACUAUAUAUUUUUUAUAAUAUAGCUGUGCACAGUGUUUUUCUUUUUGAAUAUUUAAUUGCACACUUCUUUGAUCUCACUCUACUAAACAUAGAUACACGACCCAUGUCUUCCUUCCGCACUGUUCGUAAUGCAAGGACAGUCAUUAUGACUGGUUUCGUUUUAAAUCUUGUUUAAAAAUGCGUGGUGCGUAUUUUGAAAUUUCUUACAAUAGACUGAAAUUUGAAACUUUUUUUGAAGAAUAGUGCAUAAAUCACUUUAUUAUUAUAUUUGAAUGCACUUGAAAUCAUAUUAUCCACAGAAUUUCCAUGUACAGUUAAUUAAUUAUUAUUGCUUUUGUUUAAUAUAAAGGAUAUUAUAUACUUACAUAAAUA